ACGGCUAUCUAAUAAGUCAACUAUAACCGAACCCAACCGAACCGAACCGAACCCAACGCGAUGACUGCUUUCCACUUGAAGGCAACUGUUCUGGCGACGGCCUGCCUAAUGCUGGCCAGCCAGUCCGCUGGCUAUACGAUGCAGGAAAUGUGUGCGCAAUGGUCGGGCAGUGGAUAUAUUGGCAAUCCCGCAGAUUGCAACAGCUGGGGCUACUGCAAGGGCCAGCAGCUUAUAGGCUAUGGCACCUGUGACAAAGAUCUCGUUUACGAUUCGCUCACACAGACUUGUCAGCCAGCAUCCACCACGAAGUGUUCGACCAGCGCCCAGAAGACAUGCAGCGCACUGAAGACAGCUGGAUUCGUGGCCGAUCCCAACGAUUGCAGCAAGUAUACGUAUUGCUUUGGCGAUGGCACCUCCAAGACAGUGUCGUGCCCAGCUGGUCAAACGUAUGCCGCCAACAACAACUCGUGCGUGUGGGGCCCAACAUGCCCACAGAACUCCAUCUGCCGUUUCAUGCCCGACAAUAUCUUUGUUGGCGAUCCGAACAAUUGUGGCCAGUUUCUGCACUGCGUCAAUGGGUACGGAAAGUGGGGCAAAUGCACAAAGGGACAAUAUAACGCUGCCACCGGAUACUGUCAAGAAUCCUAUUCAUGCUCCGACGACGACACUAGUAACAACAGUAACAACAAUGGUAACCCAAAUCUUCCACCUUCCAAGAUAACAAACUGCACCGAUACGCAGGAUUUUAUUGCUGAUGGUGCGACUUGCUACGGUUACUACUUCUGCAAUAAAACUACAAAUGGUGUUUGGGGCUCAUGUCCGUUAGGUUUGGAAUUUAAUGCAGCGACAGAAAAAUGCGUUUCUCCCGCUAGUUUAUCUUGUACUGGUAACCGUUGUGCAAAUACCAAUUUGACAUACGCCGUUGUUGCUGAUACAAAUUGCACGGAGUACACAUACUGUCCGACUGGUGCCAAAAGCUACUGUAAUCCGGAGUAUCCCUACCUCGACGAGAUAAGCGGGCAGUGUGUGCCCAAAAAGCCAAAGUACCCUGUUUGUGGACCCCAGGAAACAUAAAAAGAAAGCUAUUUU